AUGAGUGGACAAAUGAGUUUCUACUGUGGGCUCUUUUUUGUGUUCCUGAUCCAAGCCCAAGCUAGACCAAGAUCAGAUGAUAGCAUCCAGACCUUAUCCAGACUUUUGGAAGAUGAAUAUGGGCAGUACUUCCCCUCGGACGAGCUGAACAAUGAGGCACAAGAGAUAUCGCCCGGCGCUGCCGUUUCCGAACUCAACGCUGACCUGUCCAGUUUGGAGCUUCCCUGGGAUCGCGAAGCCAGAGAGAUGGAGAGGCAGCCUACCCACCAGGAAGCAGUCCUGGACCGCAUCCUGAAAGAUCUCCGCAGUGGAAUUCUGCGGGAAAAUAGUUCUAAGAAGAAAAAAAGUCAGAAAUCACGGCCCUGUUUCGGAGUGAAGCUGGACCGAAUCGGGGCUAUGAGUAAUCUGGGCUGUUAGCGGCUUGUUCAAGGUCUGACUCCGAGAGCAACACUGCUGGUGCCGCCUAUUCAUCGAACUUCCCACAUUUAUCUCACUCCUCUGAUUCUUGCUCUACAAACUCUGACAGAUGACAAGUAGUAUCCCACCUGUAGACUAAUUACAAGUUCGACUCUCGGAUGAAAUCCUUAAUGU